CUGUCACACAAGGCAGUGAGAACUGUAUUGGUAUUGUAGUCAUGACGUCCAUUCUCUCUCUCUCAUCUGUUCUGUUGGCUCUAAAGCUCUGCUCAGGCGAGUGGUGCUACGAGAGCCAGUCCUGUGACAGCGAAUGUAGAGGGCCUUCAGAGUGGAAAAAAACGUAUCUUAAGUGUGGAGGUCCAAAUCAAUCGCCCAUCAAUAUCAUCACACGCAAAGUGAAGCAUGACCCAAAACUGACCAGUUUUAUCUUCGAUGGUCAUGAGGACAUUUUCAAUAUGAGUGUGGAAAACCAUGGACAAUCAGCUCACUUUACACUCCCUCAAUCGGUGCGUCUCCGUGAUGGGGGUCUGUCAGGCACAUACAAGGCUGUCCAGUUCCACCUGCACUGGGGAGAGGACGGCGGCCAGGGCUCAGAGCACUCUGUGGACGGGGAGCGUUAUCCCAUGGAGCUGCAUAUUGUUCACAUUAAAGAAAAGUAUAACAACUUGAGUGGGGCUCUAAACGACUCUACAGGGGUGGCAGCACUAGGCUUCUUUUUUGAGGUGUCUUCAGAGAAAAACAAAAAGCUUGACCGAAUUAUAGAGGCUUUAGGAAAAGUCAGACAUGAAGGGAACAGCAGUGAAAUUGAAGACUUUCGACUGGCUGACAUCGUCCCUCAAGCCAAUACACUCAGCUACUAUCGGUACUCGGGUUCCUUGACCACACCAGGUUGUGACCAGUCUGUUGUGUGGACGGUCUUCCAACAGACUCUGCCCAUAAGCAAAAAUCAGCUGAUGUCAAUGUAUAAACAGCUGUUAUUCGCAACAGAAAAGCCAAUGACUGGAAUAUUCCGUCCUGUGCAGAAUCUGAAUGGACGAGUUGUUUACACAUCUGUGAAAUCUCACUGUCUGUGUGUCCUGCCCAAUCUAAUCACCCUGUUUCUGUGCCUCUUUUGUGUUUUUGGACAACAAAGGUGUUUUCACUGAAUGGUAGAGAACACGCCUCUUUUAACACAGGAUGUUCUGUUUCCAAUUUCUACAAACAAAAUACAGCUAAUAAAUCUUUCAAGCACUGAACUGAA